AUCACGUCCGCGUCAAUGCGGGGUCCUUGGUUGUUCUCCCCCCGGCCAGCAGAGGGCGCUGUGAGCUUCCGGAGCAGACCGCUCCUUCCGUUCCUCUCAGCACAUGUUGUGGAGCAGCAGCGGCUGUUGGAGCUGAAGAUGACGGAGAGCAAAGCGGAGAGUUCCUCCCAGAGACCCAGAGAGCUUCUGGCUCUGGACCCGGAGCAUGAGGCCGAGUUCAAGAAGAAGGUCCAGGAGGUGAAGAAGAACCGGGCCAAGAAGGGCAGCCGUCUGACUCCAGGCGUUCUCUACGUGGCCCAUCUUCCUCACGGCCUCUUCGAGCCGCAGCUCAGGUCCUACUUCGAACAGUUUGGGAAAGUCCUGCGACUCCGACUCUCCAGGAGCAAAAAGACAGGGGGCAGCAAAGGCUACGCCUUCGUGGAGUUCGAGUGUGACGAAGUCGCCAAGAUCGUCGCGGAGACCAUGAACAACUACCUGAUGGGAGAGAGGCUGAUCAAAUGUCAGCUCCUCCCCCCAGAGAAGGUCCAUGAGAAGCUGUUUGUCGGCUCCCAGCGGAUGUUCCGGCGCCCGUGCGACCCGGCGGCGGCGCGCUACAACAGGAAGCGCUCGGCGGAGCAGCUGGCCCAGAUGACCCGCCGCCUGCUGCGCAAAGAGUCCAAACUGCGGCGAAAGCUGGCGGAGCGCGGCGUCCACUACGACUUCCCGGGAUUCGCGGCCCAGCUCCCUCAGAAGACCUCCAACGACGUCAAUGUUUCUUCGUGCAGCGAGGACGCCACGCCCGUCUGCACGCCGUCUUUCCUGGAGAGGAGGAAAUCCACCAUAGUCAUCGAAGACGACGACGACGAGGAGAUCGUCAUCAACAUGCCUGCUGUGAAGGACGACGGUGACGAUGAUGAUGAAGACUGCUUCGAGGUGGUGGAGGGGAGUGAUGAAGAGGAGGAAGAUGAUGAUGAAGAAGAGGAGGAGACCCAGUGAAUGUCUUCAAGGUUCUGAAGACGACUUGGACAAUGAGGGACAGUCGCAGCUCGGCCCGCUUCCACAGAACAAACCAGAACUGCCGGGACUCCAGAACCGGGCCCACUGCGGGGGGGAGGGGGGUCCCGGCUGGAUCGGAACCGGGCCCACUGCG